AUGGCUGAUGAGGGGGGACACCCCAUCCACCCUCCCAUGGGAGGAGUCAGAGCACCACCCCCCUGCCCGGGAGGCCCAGUGCAGGCUCCAGGAGAGUGUGCCCACGGAGGGGUCAGCCCAACCGGGAAUGAAGAGGAAGCAGGGAAGGCCUGCUGCCCAGACACCACCCGGGACACACCUCGGGGUCCAGUCUCAGCCUGCCAUGGGGCUCAGCACACCCGGCUCCGACCCAGAGCCCCAGAACCUCUGCCUCUGAGGCAGCGGGAGGACCUGGAGCGCAGCACGGCAGAGCACAGAGCUCUGCUGCUCGCCUUCAACCGGGCUCCACUUCCAAGACCUGUCCCUACAGAGGUGGUUGCUACACGUGCAGGAUCCCCAGCCCCAGGCAGCGAUGUCCCACCCCCUCAGCAAGCACGUCCACCUCCACGUGCACAUGCCCCUGCUCUGGCUUUGGCAAGAGAACCCGAGUCAGGGCAUGAGUUACCACCUCUGCAGGGAGAGCCUGCCCUGGCUCCUGCUCAAGACCCAGACGCCCACGAUGACUGA